AUGCUUACGCCUCUGUUUCGCCUUGAUCAGGAUGAUGCCCUGUUUAUUGUUCGUCUUCACGUUCCAAUGCUUAAGUUAUCUGAUAUUGAUGUCUGUAUCGAUGACGGAGAAUUUAAGCUGCCUGGACAAGUUUGUGAAGAAGAUGAUAAAAUGAGGUUGACUUUUGAUAAAGGGGAUUUGACAAUUACCUUUCUUAAGCGUAUAUAUGGUGCUUUUUUCCCCGACAUUAAUAUCAUAGGAAAGCUGAUUAUACACAACAAAAAAUCUAUUCCUAUGAUACAUGAACUACCUGAUCCUUCUAUGCCUGGCAUAACUGAUUCAGAUUCAGAAUUAGAAUGGGACUCUAAUUUAGCAUACACCUCUGAUAAACCAUACACCCAUCUUGGACAACCUGUGCCUACAUAUGGAUUUGCUGAUUCUAAGUCAAAACUUUUUCUUGAAGAGGUAAGUAUUUAUGUACUUCUACUUUAA